CUUCAUCUGUUAUCCCAACUUAUCAAUUAGCUCUUUGCAAAGCAUCCAUUUUAAGCAGAUAUCAAUCUCUCUCUCUCCAGUUGCGGCCCUCCUUGCAGAAGGUCCAACGUAAGUCCUGGCUUCGAGCACUCAUCAUCAAAUCUGCCGAGCUUCGAACACCAGUCCCACCAGUCCCACCAGUCCUACUAAGCUCUUUGAAAAUUAUCUCACUCGCCCACUCCUGUCUGCGUAGUUCAUCAACGGUAACAUUUGCCCAGAAAACCGAGACGCCACAGCAUCGAAAAGUAUCUCCGACUAAGCCUCAGCCCUUAACCUUCACGUACAACACAAUGGUCCAAGUACCCUCUACCACCAAGACCACUAAGCCGUGUGGAAGCUGCUCCAAAGACACAUGGCAAGCUUGCGCUGGCUGCAAAGAUGCUCCUAUCGUUAUAAGCGGUCCCAAGCCGGUCUACUAUUGCAGCAAGGAGUGCCAAAAGACCGAUUGGAAGAAACACAAAAGCGUCUGCCAGGUUCUCCAGAGACGAAAGAUGAUUUAUCGAGCUGGCGAUUUAUUGCAGCGAAUCUUCAAUGUUUUUCGGAAGGAGGUACAUGGGCAACGACUAGCCAAGAUUGAAAGGCGAGGUUCGAAAUUGUACCUCCACGAAGGAAAGCUCAUACAAGGCGAUAUGGCGGAGAUUUCUUCUAAACUUAGAGACUUGUCCAAGCUGCUGGACGAGAUGCGAUGGACGGAGGAGGAUAGAAAUGCGGCAUUAGCGCACAAUGCUAGCUGGUGUGCCAUUGUUCAUAUGCACCACAUUGCCAAGUAUAUCCUUAAAGACUUCUCAUCCGAAAUCUUCGAAGUUACUUUUAUACCCAAGGACCACAUCGAAAAAGUAGUUCGUAUCGACGCCGAAGGUGCAGUAAUGGCAGCUAGCGAGCAUAUGGUCUGGUCUUUAAAACUCGACGGCUCAAAUGAGACAUAUAUUGUCGAUAUAACAGGUGCGCAGUUUGGAAUGUACAAGCCUGUCAUGCCCUGGGAUCAUUACCGGCAAUAUCACAUCCUGGAGGAUCCGACACUGCUCAAGUUUCGGUCAAACGGUACUUUCCUUGCAAAUGCCAACGUAAGAUAUGGAGCACAGACGGGAAAACGAACUGAUCAGAGUGAGCUUUCACUUUCACAUCUGGUGUAUGCGACGAUUUCGGAGGCGCUAAUGAGGAAACUUCUGGCUUGGGAAAAGGAUACGGUGAUUUUGAAGGAUAUGCUUAGCACUGCGAAGACCAGUGAGUUUGAGAAGAUGAGAGAUGAGCUAGUAGAGGCUAUAUCUAUGGGGCUCAAGGAGUGCAUUAAAAACUUCUCUGAGAAAGUGAAAGCGAACUAA